UGUUGCGUGCGUUGCCCUUGCUCGUUGUAAUUUGUGUAGGUACUGCUGUUUGUGACUUGUAACGAUUAAAAAAUUACUGUUAAUUCGUUUGGUGUUUUAUAUAACAAAAAAAAUUGUAAUAGUUUACAAGUCAGAUUUUACUGUAAUUCAGUGCAACUUAUAUGUGUGUGUGUGUGUUUUUAAUCCAUCGCAAAACUUAGAUUAAUAAUUAGCAAGUAAUCAUACGACGCAAUCAUGGCUUUCGCAGGACUCAAGAAACAGAUCAACAAAGCUAAUCAGUAUGUCACAGAAAAAAUGGGUGGAGCUGAAGGCACAAAAUUGGAUUUGGAUUUUAUGGAAAUGGAAAGAAAAACUGACGUUACAUGCGAACUAGUGGAGGAGUUACAGACGAAAACCAAAGAAUUCCUUCAGCCAAAUCCAACGGCGCGUGCCAAGAUGGCGGCCGUGAAGGGCAUCAGCAAACUGAGCGGGCAAGCCAAGAGCAACACCUACCCGCAACCUGAGGGCGUGCUGGGAGACUGUAUGCUCAUGUAUGGCAAGAAGCUUGGAGAGGACACUAUAUUUUCACAAUGCCUCAUCGAGAUGGGCGAAGCGCUGAAACAGAUGGCGGACGUGAAGUAUUCACUCGAUGACAACAUCAAACAGAGCUUCCUCGAGCCCCUGCACCACUUACAGACCAAAGACCUUAAGGAAGUCAUGCAUCACCGGAAGAAAUUGCAAGGACGAAGGCUGGAUUUUGACUGCAAACGACGAAGACAAGCCAAAGGUGUCAGGAUAGGCCCUUACGCAAGUCCGAGUCAUGGAAGAGGGGACGAUGAAAUCCGUCAGGCCGAGGAGAAGUUCGCUGAGUCCCUUUCGCUCGCACAGAUCGGAAUGUUCAACUUACUUGACAAUGACGUGGAACAAGUAGCGCAGCUAGCGUUUUUCGCGGAGGGUCUGCUGGAGUACCACCAGCAGUGCACUGAGAUACUCAAGGGCUUGGUUUCCACGCUCAUGGAGAAGAAAGAGGAGGCCGUGAACCGUCCCAAGAUGGAGUUCGUGCCGAAGACGCUCGCCGACCUGCACAUCGAGGGCAUCCACGAGCUGAACCACGGUAAACGCUACGGCUCCGCGCAGAGCCUCUCCCGCCCAGCCCCCGCGCCCGCGCCCGCUCCCUCCGCGCCCCUCGCCUCCUCCCUCGCGGACCUGUCCGCGCUCGACCGCGCGUGGGACUCACCCCGCAACCCCCAGCCCCGCAACCCCCGCAACCCCCGCCCCGCCUUCCAGCCGCACCCCGCGCCGCGGACGACGAACGGCCGGGACCCGUGGACAGCGUCCCCGCUGCCGUCGCCCGUGAAGUCUCCCGCGCGGACACCCAGUGUGCAGCAGAAGCCGUGCUGUACUGCGCUGUAUGACUUCGAUCCUGAGAACCAGGGUGAACUGGGCUUCAAGGAAAACGAUGUCAUAACGCUGAUCAACAAAGUGGACGAGAACUGGUUCGAGGGCAGUCUGAACGGCAAGACGGGCUACUUCCCCAUCAGCUACGUGCAGGUGAACGUGCCCUUACCCAACAUGUAAACACUCACACGCUUCACGUUGCAACACAAACCAUUCCGCUAUAGUACUUACACGAACUUCGUGGGUGGUAACCUUCAGAUAUUCAAAAGCAAACGGUUAAUUAAUCGUUUCUGGCAACCCCUUACCCACGUAUCGUGCACGCACUAUAGCCGUUAAUUAUAAUAUCACUAUUAUUGGCUUUUACACUAAUAAUGAAUUAUAUUCGGUAGGUAUAUUGAUGGAUUUAUGUUGUUUCCAAAUAUGUAGCGAGUAUAAGUACAACAACACGUUUGAAGAAGCAAAUGUAUAUGGAAUGGCAUUAUACCAAAGAAAUUUGUUUUUAAAAUAUGUUAUUAAAUCUAAUAUCAGACGUUUUACAUAGAUUUUUGAAUAUUUGUCUAGAAUUAAACACCGAUAUAUGAAAUGUACUUUCAAUAAAGUUAAACUUAUAUGAAUGGCUGUGUUGCAAUACUCAAAUUUCAUGUCUCAGUAUUAUAUUUCUUACAUUAGACGACUAAUUAUUCCAAAUAAAUUGUGUCAAAAGCUCAAUGGUUUAAAUGUUUAUUGUGUUUUCAUCAUUAUACUGUUUCGGGUCCGGUCUUCCAUUUUGUUUACAUCCACAUUUUCAAUGCAUUUUGUGUGAGCUCGUAAAAGUUUUUGCCAAACCCAACGAACUUUGUUUUUCAACAUUUGACUUGACCGAGCUUAAAUUUAAUCUAUAUUUUACGAUGACUUUAAGCUCUGAAAAGUAAAAACUGUGUUGUAUAUUUUUUUUUUUUUGUAAAUGUAGUUUUAGUUGAAAUUAUCAGUAAGUUAUCUUAUGAAUUAGUAUAUUGUAAAAUAAUUGAUUUAUCUUUUUGUUAUGUUAGGACAUGGAGUAAUAAAAAUGCAUAAUAUUUCGCUAUCUAGUUUCUUAAUUGAAGAUUCAGAGUAUUAAAAGUACUAUCAUUCCGAAACGUAUACAUCAGUUAAGAAAAAUAAGCGAAUCUGUUUUUUUAGGCUUAUACAUUAUAAAUAACAAGGCAACUUUUGUAGAUAGUGCUUCGGCUCUUAAUUAAUGAUUAUAUUUUAUGUAUGUUUAAAAUUUCGAUAAGUGAUAUUUUUGUUGAGUUUAGAAAAUAAUAUUUGAAAAGAGAAAAUAGUAUUCAAUUAUACAUAGUUUUAAUUUGGUAACAGACUUCUCUCCAUUUAAUAUAGAUGUCACGUAUUAGUAUUGUAUACUAGUUUUGAGAUUAGACAUAGUUAUAUCUUGCGGGUAACAGUGAUUAUUUAUCAGAGUGGUGAAUGUAUACAAUGUAUGUAUAAUGUUAUACACAAAGCAUUAUGGGGACGUAAGAGUUGUUGAAUCUUGCCAAAUGUUUGUGGCUACUCGGUGUUUGAUGUUUUAUGGCAAAUUAUAUUAUGACAUAAAGUUAUUGUGAUAAUAUUAGUAAUCAUGCAUUUUACGCUGUGUCGUGUACGGUCAAUUUUUUUAAAGUCUAUAACAGUUUUUAUUUCCCGACAUAAGUAUAUUAAAAUAAUUAUAAAUCAUAUACAGAGAAGAUUUCUAAUUUAACUUAUUAGAAAUCUGUUUAGAAAUCCAUAUGUGGCCUCUAUAUAAUAGUUGUUGAAUAUACUUUAUGCAUGCACGUUAACAUAAGAUACGAUCAAAUUUCACGACAUUUAUUGAUGUUAAAGUAAUGUUAAACAUACUCGUAUUUGUAUUUCAUUCAUUGAGCUCAUUUCAUUCGUACGUAAUAUUGACCCCAUUCAUCAUGUUUCUGGCAUAUAAAAGACAAUACCUAGAUCUAAUGUUAGGUGUAUGUAAGUUCAUAUAAAUGAUAAUCGUUCUAUCUUCAAGUGUCUAAUAUUAUAAGUAUUUUGAGCAAAUAAUAAAUUACUAUUGGUGUUAAAAUAUGUAAUGUUUCGAUGUAAUAUGACGACGGGUCUCAGCACAUUUACAAUUCCCCGUCUUCAAACGUGUCUUUCAAUGUUUCUCCUUGUGAAAAUGAACGCUCAUAUCGUUGAUCCUUCCACGAAGUGGGUUUAUUGUUGUUAUGUAUUUAUUAUAUUACCCUAACGUAACUCUUUAAAUCAAACUUCUUUGAAUAGUAUGAUUGUAUGUUUAAUGUUACCGAAAUCCAAAAUGACCUGGGUGCCUCAUGAGAACGCAUAGAACCAUUUAAAACUGGAUGCAAACGUAGUGUCUAUGGUAUAUGCUGGCACUACAUGCAUUAACUCAACGGUGCGAGUAAAUAUAUGUUUCGUAAGUGUAUUCUUGUUCAUGUUACUGUAAUCUUAAAAAUCUAUGUACUGUAAUUGAUAGAUAAACUUGACAAUUUAUGAGAUAUUUGUUUAUAUUAAAAAAAUAUCCUGAACUUAUUGCUCGUUUCGCCUCCUAAUAAAAUGUUAACAAUUAC